AUGGCUCUUCAAGAAUCAAUCACUAACCAAACAAAGGUUUCCCUCGACAUCGCCAGACAUCUGUUGUUGAAACAAUCAGACAAGAACAUCGUGUUUUCGCCACUAUCACUCCAAAUUGUGCUCAGCCUUAUCGCUGCUGGUUCUGAAGAUCCCACACAACAACAACUUGUCGACUUCCUCCGCUUCAAAUCCACCAAUCAUCUUAACUCCUUCACCUCUUAUCUCCAUUCCGUCCUACUCAAGGACUUUGCUCAUGGUCGCCUCUCUUUUGUCGAUGGUGUAUGGGUUGAACAAACCCUUUCUCUUCAACCUUCCUUCAAACAAAUAGUACGUGAUAAUUACAAAGCAACGCCGGCUUCACUUGAUUUUCUAACCAAGGUUGUUGAAGUGACAAAAAAAGUGAAUCUAUGGUCGGAAAAAGAGACAAUUGGCCUUAUUAAAGAACUUCUUCCUCGAGGACCAGUUGAUAGAUCAGCCAGCGUCAUCUUUGCUAAUGCAUUGUACUUUAUAGGAGCAUGGAAUGAGAAGUUCGACCUUUCAAAAACAGAAAACAGUGAUUUUCAUCUUUUGAAUGGAAACUCAGUCAAGGUUCCUUUCAUGGUAAGCAAGAAGAUGCAGUUUAUUGAAGCUUAUGACGGUUCUAAAGUUCUUCGUCUUCCUUAUAAAAAAGGUCAAGAUACGCGUCAAUUCUCUAUGUAUAUUUUUUUGCCGAACGCAAAAGAUGGACUGCCAGCUUUAGUUGAGAAGAUGACUUCCAAAUAUGAAUUACUACAAGAAAAUCUUAGUCUUUAUGAUCAAUUGAAACAAGUGAAAGUAGGUGAAUUUAAAAUUCCAAGAUUCAAUGUUUCAUUUGGGCUUGAAACUAGUGAUACCCUAAAGGAGUUAGGAGUGGUUUUACCAUUCUUUCCUGGAGGUUUGACAAAAAUGGUGGACUCUCUUGCGGGUCAAAGCCUUUCUGUUUCUCACAUAUUUCACAAGUCUUUCAUCAGAGUAAACGAAGAAGGUACCGAAGUUGCUGCAGCUAGUGCUGCAAGGUUGAGCAAGGGUUGUUCAUUUUCGCCGCCACUAAACUUUGAAGUUAACCACCCCUUCUUAUUUCUAAUUAGGGAAGAUUUGACGGGAGCAAUCCUCUUUGUCGGGCAAGUGCUCAAUCCUCUUGAUGAGUGA